GUGCAGUAGAUGUUCGUAAUAGGUAUACGCAAGCGAUAUUUUACAUUUGAAGUUCAAUUUAUCACGUUAACAUUUUAUUUCAUUUCAAUGUCUUAUUUCUAUUACGAUUUAUCUGUUGCACUGCAUACACAACACUCCAUAAAGUUCCAUACUCCCGUAUACUUAGUUGAACAAGAAGAAUGAAGACAAACCAGUAUGCAUCGUGAGUCAGCAGUUAAAAUAUUGCGACAAAUGAUUGCCAAUCAUUUGAAUGCAGUCGUUUUGAAGUGUAAUAGUACAAAAAUGAAAAAAUGUUUGACAUCUACUCAAUGGACUCUGCAAAUCUUCAUUCCAGUUUGUUUACUUUGGGUACAUCUAUUCGAUUCUGUGGUCGGGCAUGGAAGACUUAUGGAGCCACCGUCAAGAAACAGUAUGUGGCGGUUCGGAUAUCCUAAUCCGGUCGAUUACAACGAUAACGAAUUGUUUUGCGGAGGCCAUUCUGUUCAAUGGAGCGUUAACGACGGGAAAUGCGGAGUGUGCGGGGACGCGUAUGAUCAAGCUCAACCUAGACGACACGAAGCGGGGGGUGAAUACGGCAGAGGGAUAAUCAGCAGGCAUUAUUUUGCAGGUCAGACGAUUGAUGUCGAAAUUGAGUUAACUGCUAACCACAAAGGAAGAUUCGAAAUGCACCUCUGUCCAAAUAAUAAUCCUAAGUACGAAGCGACACAGUCUUGUAUAGAGAGGUAUCCGUUGUACAUAGCUGGCACACGGCAGGUCCGAUAUCUUAUUCCGGAAAAUUCAAAGAAGAAAGAUAUUUUCAAGUACAGGGUGAGGUUACCACCUUAUCUCACCUGCUCUCAGUGUGUUCUUCAAUGGACUUAUUACACGGGUAACAUGUGGGGCAAAUGCGACAACGGGACGGAAGGAUUGGGCUGUGGGCUACCGGAAACGUUCCGGAACUGUGCGGACGUCAAAAUUGUGACCAGCACGUCGGGUCUACCACCGCAGUUCAUACACAACAGGCCGCAGCAGCACUACUACAGUUCGGCUCUCCGGGGCGACGACUUACGGAUAGCGCCGCAGAUUUAUUACCCACUUGUGGUCAAGGCCCAAGUAUGUGUCGCAACGCAAAAGUAUCGUAUUGUUCCCGGCAUGGACAAAUGGUGUGAAAACAAUUGUGUAAACUUUCCGUCAAACUGCCCUGAAGAAUUUUGCACUUGUCCAGAACAAUGCACUGGAAUCGGCGAAAUAAAAGGAUUACCCGGUGCUGAUGAAUACUGCCAGGACCAAUGUAUUGUCUAUGGAGCAAAGUGCCCGAAAAAGCGGUGUGUCUGCUAUUAACCUGAUUAGACUUCUGAUUUGUACAGUUCUUGAACAAAAAAUAUACAUACAUAAUUAGCUUUUUUGCUCUAUUUGCCAAUAA